AUGGUUUGCAUUUCAACAACAGUGUUAUUCUAUCUCCCUGCCCUCCUCCUCCUGCCCCUUGGAAUUACUGCUUUUUCCAGACACGUUGCCACCGAGUCCUUGGGUGGAGUGAUCUUCGAUGAGGUUUUACUGUCGGAUAGAAAGCGAAUUGAAGCAGAAACUCAACUUCAAUUGAAUAGUUCUCUAGUCACGUUAAACACGACAUGUCUCAGUAUUGCCUGUCCUACUGAGAAUCUCACCUUCAUUCAGCACGAUGUGGAUCCAUUCAACUUUACUUGUAGUCUCACCUAUCACCACAUCGCCUCGCCCUUAGCCAUCUCCUUUGAAACUGACAUUCAGGAUAUUGUAUCACUAUCUCCACCUUUCUGGAUUUACUUGACUCCUCAAUUGGAUGACCCAACUGUCACAGUUCUGCUCCUUGCCUUUUCCGUCAAGCGUCAUCGAAUGGGGAGCGCAUUUCUAAAGGUAUGGGUUCGAGAAGCUAGACCAGGUGGAUUGUCUGGCUCCCUCCAUGCAUUUAACAGAGACAACGCAAGUCAAGUGGAGGAGUACUACGAUUGGGUGGUCAACGCGUCGACAAAUAAUGACACCGCUGCAAUGGGAUUCCUUCUGAAGGUUCUCCGACCUAGAGGCGUGCUGGAAGUAGUAUUUCGGGUGGUCAUUAUCACCCUCGUCUGUAAAAUCACCUUUUUAAUAGGUUGUGAGUUGGAUGCACGUCUGAUUUGGCGAUAUUUGAGGAGACCUGUGGGUACUAUCAUCGGUUUCGUCUGUCAAUUUGGACUUAUGCCUCUGCGGGAUCGCAUCCUGCUGCCACCAGUUCAGCACCUCAAGUACUUCCACACCAUUGUGGAGAAGGAAUUGGCAUCAGUGUAUGGAGGAGAUGGUGGACCACAGGCACGGACGUCUGACUAUGCCAUAGCCUGUGGCGUGGCCAAGGUUGUGCCCAUCAAAUCGGAGUUCGGCUUCGGUCUCCUUACUGCUGGCUGCUGUCCAGGUGGAGGCGCGUCGAAUAUCUGGACACUGUUGCUGGAUGGUGACCUCAAUCUGAGCAUGACCAUGACCUUCAUCAGCUCUAUCGCUGCACUGGGCAUGAUGCCCCUGAUGCUUUUUAUCUUCGGCCGCUUCUUCAUAGAUGUCCACAGCCUUUGCAUCCCCUAUCUCUUGAUAUUUGGUCAGCUCUGCUAUAUCUCCGUGCCCGUGAUGAUCGGCAUGUUGGUCAAGUGGAGCAUGCCACGUGUUGGUCAACUCCUCGUUCGUCUAUUGCGGCCCCUUUCCUUUCUCUUCAUUGUAAUUAUUAUUGGGUUCGGAGUGUAUACAAACCUCGCCAUCUACCGUCUCAUUGGCAUCUACCCAGUCAUUCUUCCAGCUGCCACGGCAUUGCCCUGGAUUGGAUUCUGCCUUGCUGGAUUUCUUGCUUUCAUUUGCCGCCGAUCACGAGCUGAGAUUUUUACUAUAUCGAUCGAGACAGGGAUCCAGAAUUCAGGAAUAGCUAUUCUUGUGCUAAUUUACUCAAUGCCGCAACCAGAGGGAGACCUGGGGGCCGUAAUGCCCAUCGUGGUGUCUAUUUUUACGCCGUUGCCGCUGGCUGCUAUGCUAAUUGGGCAAAUGAUUAAAGAGAGAAGGUUGUCUUGUCAUCGGACAAGAGGAAGAAAGAGCAAGGAGAAGGGAACUGGACUGAUGGGGGGAGCGCGGAAACCACUCACUGCAACUAAAAGGAUAAAAGAAGACGACGAUGACAACGAGGAGGAGGUAGAGGAUUGGAACAGCAAUAGGAAUGUUUAA